AUGUCAGAUCUCAGGAUCGUGAUGGUGGGAAAAACUGGAGCUGGAAAGAGUGCAACAGGAAACACCAUCCUGGGAAAUAGGGUGUUUAAAGAAGAAUUUUCUACUGACUCUGUGACUAGGAAAUGCAAGAAACAUCAGAGGAUAGUUUAUUGUCGAAAAAUCUCAGUGAUAGACACACCAGGACUGUACGAUACGUCAAUCGGAAAUGAGCAACUGAAGAAGGAAAUAGAGAAAUGUAUAGAGAUGUCUGUUCCUGGGCCUCAUGCGUUUCUGCUGGUCAUUCGACUGGAUGUGAAAUUCACAGAAGAGGAGAAAAACGCAGUGAAAUGGAUUCGGAAGAACUUUGGAGAAGAUGCUGAACGUUACACCAUUGUUCUGUUCACUAGAGGAGAUCAGUUAGAUAAACCUAUAGAGGAGUUUCUGGCCAAAAACAAGCAGAUUAAUGAGCUAGUCAAACAGUGUGGAGGCAGGUAUCAAGUUUUUAAUAACAUAGAUGGAAAACAAGCACAGGUUACUGAACUGUUAAAUAAGGUCGACAGCAUGGUGGAGAAGAACAAUGGAGAGUAUUACACUAAUGAGAUGUACAAGGAAGCUCAGAGAAAGAUAAUGAUGAAGAAGGUUCAGGAUGCAGCUUUAGUGGGAGCGAGUGUGGCAGGUGUAGGAGCAGCAGUAGCUGGAGGUGCAGUACUGGUUGCUGCCACUGGAGGAGUCGCACUGCCUGCAGUUUUAAUGGCAGGAGGAGCAGUUCUAACAGGAGGAUUGGGUGCUGCUAAAGCUAUUGCGAAUAAAGUUCAAGGGAAUGAAAUGAAAUUCCGUACAUCAGGACAUGGAACUCAUUUCGGAAAAUGAGGGGGGAAAAUAUGUAAACAGGAAAAUACUCUUGAGUGACUAUUAUCUGACAAUGUCAGAUUCUCAUUGCUGAUCACAUCUGAAACCUUGUCACUGAUUUUUGAGUUUAGUGUUAGUAGAGCCUCUAAACUUUCUACUGAUCUUGUGAUACUGCAGCGUUUGCUCCAGCAGUGUCACAAUCUGAUCAUUUGAAGAAUUAAAAUCAUUCUGGACAGUAAGUUUUGAGCUACAGCAUCACUCACACACACACUGACAUCAAGAAUCAGUGUAUGAAUCUCAACAAUGAUGACAAUCAACAAAAAGCUUCAUGCUGCAGUGCAUUCUGGGUGCACCAAAACUCAUCCAUGGCUCCCAGCAUGCAUUGCGGCAUGAAUUUAGUUGUUUUGUCACUGUGAUGGAAUUUUGAAUUAAUCAUAACUAACAUUUCCUUUUCCUUGCAGGAAUAACAUUUAUAUGCUUUUGAAACCUAAAUGUCCUCAAACUUUGGGCAUAAGUCAGUGUGUGUCUGAAUCACGUCCAAAUAUAAGAAAAGGGGAAAUGAAACUUAGGGACAGCUAGACAACCAUGUAAAUACAACCAUGAUAGCCCCAUGAUAUUGAGUAACCAACGAACUAAUAAACACAUGAUUUGGGCAGAUAUUGCUUUACCUAGUAACAUGAGGGUUUGACAUAUGAAGAACCAAUCAUAUUGUAGGAUGCUUUGCCAUGCUCCUACCCUAUAUGAACUGUUGUAUUCUUUUUGCUGGUGGGAUUCUCUGUGAUUGAUACGAGGUCCUCCGGCCGUGAUUAAAGCAUAUUCUAAGGCAUAGUCUGGAGUCUGUUUGGAUUUAGGCUGCGCAGCAGACUAGGCACUAGAGAUCUUCCACACCCGUAAGACCUUCGUUAAUCUUCAGAACGCAAAUUGAGAUAUUUUUGUUUAAAUCUGAUGGCUCCGUGAGGCCUACAUAGCCAGCAAUGACAUUUCCUCUCUCAAGAUCCAUUAAUGUACUAAAAACAUAUUUAAAUCAGUUCAUGUGAGUACAGUGGUUCAAUAUUAAUAUUAUAAAGUGAUGAGAAUAUUUUUGGUGCGCCAAAAAAAACAAAAUAACGAAUUAUUUAGUGAUGGCCGAUUUCAAAACACUGCUUCAGGAAGAUUUGGAGCGUUAUGAAUCAGCGUGUUGAAAUCUUUUUUCAAACAAUUUCCAUAAAAAAAUAAAUAAAUAAAUAAAUAAAUAAAUAAAAAACAUUAAUUAGAGCUAAAAGAAAUAAAGUCAAAUUGGUGUGUAAUAAGUGAAGCAUCUACACCAGUGAAGUGUUUGUGGAGUUGUCUGAUCAUCCUCUGCUCAGAUUUUGAGAAAUGUCAUUGAUUUGAUUUGCAGUUGAUGUUUCAGUGGCUGACAUCAGAUCAAUUAUUAUUUGCAGUAGAAAUGAAUUGAAAUAAGAAUAAAGUUCUCAACCGAAACAUGGCUAAAACAGUUGAAAUAAAAGAAUUAUUUACAACUGACAAGAACAAUUUAAAUAAUUAUUUAUUUGGUUGAAUUAUUAAAAUAAGCCACAUUAGGUUACAUGAACAUUAACUUUGGUAUUGAAAACUAUUGAACUGUAAGUUUAAAUAACUAAAUUUGUCAAGUUGAAAAUACUUAAUAUUCUAAGUAGUUAGAACUUAAACAAGUCAGUGGAAAUUAUCAAAAACUUAAGUUGAGUGAACAAAUAAACAAUUUACAGGGAAUGUUUGUACGGAAAACUUAAAGUUCACCUCACUUUCAUAAAGUUAAUCCAACUAAACUUUAUAAGUUCAAACAACAUUCAAUUUGGCAAGUUGAACAUACUUAAUAUUCUACGUAAAUACAAACAUGACUGAGUCAGUGCAAAAAGAUAACACAAAGAGUAAAAAAAAGAACACAAAAAACUUUUUUUUGUUUUUACGGUGUAUGUAAUAUGAGACUCAAGUAUUUCUUCAUCAACUCCUCAACACAACUGAGUUCACUUCAACUAAUUUAAUAUACUAUAUUGUAAUAUACACAUAUGAGCCAGAGAUGAUCACCUGCCUAAUAUGCUGUUGCUCCUCCAUUUGCUGCCAAAACAGCGCUGACCCACCGAGGCAUGGACUCUACAAGACCCCUGAAGGAGUGCUGUGGUUUCUGACAACAAUUUAUAAUGUUUUGGCUCUUAAGUGUAUACUACAUUCAUAAGCAUAUUAAGAACCAGGAGAAAUCAUCAUCAUCAUCUUUGUAAUUUUCAUUGUGAGCACGAGUCCUAAUUAAGCUUGUUUUGUCUGGCAGUUUUAGAGUUGAUGCCAUUAUGAAUAUAUUUUAGUUCAUUAUUUUGUAUUUGUGUAGUUUUUAAUGUAUAGCAUUUCCUUGUUGGAUGCUCAGUUCAAGGUUUAUCAGGUUAGUUUCAUCUGUUCACCCCUGUUGGUAAAUGUUGUAACUGCAAUAAUCCGCUGCCAAAGAGCAUCUUUCUCCAUUGAGGACCAUUCAAAAAUAGUUGUACAUUCUGAUAAAUCCUUGCAAGCAACUUAAAAAUGGCACAUAUUUUUGGAGACUCUAAUAAUAAUUCAUAGCUUAUUUAACAUAACACUUGAAAGCCUUUUGCUUCAGUUUAACAUGAUAUGCUGCUGUAUGAACACACAUUUGCCAAACAGGAAGUGAAACUACAGCCACAGAAACAGCUUUGAUGCUUCUGCUAAACUCAUAAACUUCAUGCAGCACGGCAAGCAGAGGAUGCGGAGAAGAUCUGAAGGUUGCCCGUUCAGUGGUGGUAAAGUUGCAAUUUUCUUCCAAGUUGAAAUAAAGAAAUUACAGUCUGACUCUGUUGGGAGAUUUCUCUCUCCCAGGAAGACAGUAUUCUGUGGUCAAGGCCUGCCGGGCGAUGGUCUAACACAUAGUUUGUUGGGAGUGUGAGUUUGCAUAUAUAAUGAUUAAUUUGUGUGUCUGAUUGGUCCAGCCGUUACAACGUUUUUUUUCAUAAGUGGAUGAUGUAAUUAACAUGGUCUAAAAUAUUACAAAAUGUCAUUUUGUAGCAUAAAAGGAACAGAAAGUUACUUAAACAUAUCAAACACUGAACGGAAACAGAGUGGACGGGAAAUGGGUUGUGGUUUGUGAGUUCACAGCUUAUUUCCUGGUCAAAACUGAGAGGCGUUUUCACACCUAACCCAUACAUGGAAACACAGACACACAGUCAGUGAACAGUAGAGUUUGACUCUCAACACGUGAGAUGAGCAGCGAACAAAACUGAGAGUUUUGAACUGAUUUUCUGAACUGAACUGAUGAAGAAAUGAAGUUUCCACUGACAGUUUGUGUGUUUUUGCUGACGGUGAGCAGGUCACUGUCUGUGGACAUUACAGUGAGAGGAACGGAGGGAGAACCAGUGAGCAUUAAGUGCCCUUAUCCAGGAGGAUAUGAAAACUCUUACAAAUACUUCUACAAAGGAGUUUACAGAGAGAAUAACAUUAUACUACAAUCUCAUGGAAAAAAGUCCUCACCCAGAUUCUCACUGAAGGAUGAUCAUAAGACCAGAUCAUUUACAGUGACCAUCAGAAACCUGAAGAUGGAAGAUGCUGGAACAUACGGCUGUAGAGCUGGAUGGGGAGAAUAUAAAAUAAUCAAGCUGAUUGUGAAUAAAGCUCCUCAGAAGCCAAAACCUGUCCAGAUCUCAACAUCCACCUUUCGUCCAUACACAAACACCAGCACUGAACACACCAGCACUGAACACACCAGCACAGAACAACUGAGCCUCAGACGUCACUCCCACAAACCGUUGGCUGAACAUCUGAUGCAUAUAGCACACUUAACUGGAAACACUUCAGGAGUUUCGAAGUCGUCAUGUGUUUGGUUGAAUUUUGGCCUGGAAACAAAUGCUGUGAUGGUAAACCCCCUCAUGGAAGAAGAACGCCACCAUGUUUACAACUGUGACAACGAGCGUUUUCCAGGAUCAAAUAGACGCUGGAUUUUCAAAAAAAGUGAGACAAGAACAGCAACAGGAAAUACUACAGUUGAACUCCGUCAGCAAACCGCUAUGAUGCGUUCAGACCUGCUUUCUGUUGCUGGCGGUCUGGGUUCGGUUCUGCUGGUUCUGACUCUGUGUUCUGGAACGUUCCUCAUCCUGAAAAAGAGGAAAAGGAAAAGUGGGACAGCUUUAUUUCAGCAAAAUGUGCAGCACAAUACAGAGACUGACCGCAUGUAUGAAGAGAUUCCAAACAGUGACGUCGCCGCGGUAACAUCUUCAUCCAAUCAGACGCCUGCAUCACACCUCAACAACCGCCCAGUGGUCUCUACUGUUUACGCCACAGUAACUAAUCAGCAGCCUGAUUCAAACCCUGGUCACACCCACUCAACCAAUCAGGUGACAGAUUCAGACUGUGAUUAUUAUGCCAAUAUAAAGUCACCUGACCCAACACAGGACAGCAGGACAGAACUGAUCUACGUGACAGCAACACAUCCACAAAACAUCACAACAAACGAGGGACCGAUAUAUUCAGUGAUCACCCAUGCUUAAAAGACUUUACACAGACAUUGUGAAUGAUAAAAAUAAAAUCUGUUAAUCUACAUUUCUUUACUGAAUCGAUUUUUUGACACUAUUUUCUUUACUGUUAUCAGUAGUGAAUAACAUUACUAACCAGAAAAGUUACUAACAACUAAAAAUAAUGUAAAUAAAAUGUAAAAAUAA